AUGGAUCCAGACAUGGUCCUCAGCAGCAGCAGGUCUGGACAUCACCAUUGCCCCAAGUGGCAGCACAGGUCUUUCAGAACAUCAUGGCUCCAGCUGCAGUGUGGCCCUCAGACUCGAACAAGGCAACAGGUUUCAGUCCAGAUCCCAGGCUUCCAUGUGACCUUUGGAGGGUCAGAGCUGCUGAGGACUACACUAAGCUCUUGGGUUUUGCAUCCAUUGCAGUUUAUUCAUAUUUACCCUCUUAAGUGUCCUGUCAACGCUGUUUUUGGAGCUAAGUUCAAGAAGUAUGAGGAGAUAGACAAUGCCCCUGAGGAGCGAGCUCGGGGUGUCACUAUCAAUGCAGCUCAUGUGGAGUAUAGCACUGCUGCCUGCCACUAUGCCCACACAGACUGCCCUGGUCAUGCAGAUUAUGAUAAGAAUAUAACCAUAGGCACUGCCCCACUGGAUGGCUGCAUCCUGGUUGUGGCAGCUAAUGACGGCCACAUACCCCAGACCCGAGAGCACUUACUACUGGCUAAACAGAUUGGGGUGGAGCACAUUGUGGUGUACGUGAACAAGGCAGAAGCUGUCCAGGACUCGGAGAUGGUAGAGCUCGUAGAGCUGGAGAUCCGGGAGCUGCUCACUGAGUUUGGAUAUAAAGGAGAGGAGGCCUCAGUAAUCAUAGACUCUGCUCUCUGUGCCCUUGAGCAACGUGACCCCGAUUUAAGUGUGAAGUCAGCGCAGAAGCUGCUGGACGCCGUGGACACUUACAUCCCGGUCCCUACCUGGGAGCUGGAGAAGCCCUUUCUGCUCCCCAUAGAGUCAGUUUAUUCCAUUCCCUGCCGGGGCACAGUGGUGACUGAUACACUAGAACGUGGCAUUUUGAAGAAGAGGUAUGAGUGUGAGUUACUGGGACAUAACAAGAACAUUCAAACUAUAGUGACAGGCAUUGAGAUGUUCCACAAGAGCCUUGAAAGGGCUGAAGCAGAGGAUAACCUGGGUGCCCUGGUCCGAGGCCUAAAGCAGGAGGAUUUGAGGCAUGGUUUGGUCGUGGUCAAGCCAGGCUCCAUCCAGCCCCACCAGAAGGUAGAGGCUCAGGUUUACAACCUCAGCAAGGAGGAGGGUGGCCGCGACAAACCACUUAUAUCUCAUUUUAUGCCUGUCAUGUUCUCCCUGACUUGGGACAUGGCCUGUCAUGUCAUCUUGCCUCCAGGGAAGGAGCUUGCCAUGCCUGGAGAGGACUUAAAGCUCAGCCUAGUCUUGCAGCAACCCAUGAUUUUAGAGAAAGGCCCGUUUACUUUGAGGGAUGGCAGUGGCAUUGUCACUGAUACACCAGCCAUGACCGAGGAGGACAAGAACAUAAAGUGGAGCUGA